UUGUCCAAGGUUGUGUAGUGAUAGCCACGGAUUCCAACACAAACGCAGGUUGUGUUUGGUGUGUCAUGACGACAGCGGUUGUUUCCCGUCCGAACGUCCGUCUGUGACGAGCUUCUGUGAAGGGCAGCCGAGAGAACACAGGACAUGUUAUAUCGGCUCUCAGUGUCAAGGAUCGGGACCUUUCACCGGUGCAUGGACGGGCUGGUUGAAUCUAGGCGGCUGCAGAACCAAUCCGGAGAGGCGUUGCGGAGAAGUCGGCAUUCAGCGUCAAACUCGACAAUGCCAACCAACUGUAAAAACAGACAAAACUACCACAUUUCAAUGUCCUGCCAACGACAGGUUACGCAGUUUCAAGCAAAAAGCUUGCGUUUUAGAAUGUCCAGAUGAUCUGAAUCGAGAAAAAAGGGCCGUUGUUGUUGCAUACGGUGAAUGGACGACGUGGUCCGCUUGGAUGUGUAAUGAAGACUGCCAUAAACCUGGAGUACUAGCCUACCGAUCCAGGCAAUGUUCGGGGCAAUCUCUUGGGUAUACGUGCGUGAAGAGCUCUCAUGGAUUAGGCGAGUACGACGUCCUUCCCUGCGAAACUACGGACGGCUACCUGUGCCGAAAGUCGUGGUCGGAAUGGUCGCCUUGGUCGGAAUGUGAACCUGACUGUGGACAGAGGAAGAAGACUCGAACGCGGUCCUGUAUGGGCCACGGUGGUCCAUGUGAGGGGUCACCCGAGCAAAGCAUACUCUGUUCCUCCGGUCCACCGUGUAGCAAAAUUGACGGUCAAUGGGGCAAGUGGAGUAUGUGGUCACAGGUGUGCAGCACGUCGUGCGGCGGCGGUGUGCAUACACGGUACCGUGAGUGCAAUAACCCGUCCCCGCUGGGUGCUGGAAAGCCAUGUGUAGGAAAGGCAAUGGAAACCAAGCCCUGUGAGAAGACAAGCGUCUGCCCUGUGGAUGGAUCUUGGGGAAAAUGGUCGGCGUGGAGCUGUACUGCCACAUGUGGAACCAGCCCAGGGACAAGAUAUCGCGAAUGCAAUAAUCCUUCACCUAGUUCGACUGGAAAUGAAUGUGCCGGCAAAAAUCAGGAAACAAAGGCAGACGUUUGCAACUAUUUCACCUGUCCACAAAACGGUACUGCACCAACGUUACCAGAAGAGUUAACGAACGAGUUGAAAGAAGAUUUAAAGAAAAUGUACAAUAACUACGACAAAGUUGAACAUCAAAGCGUAGCAUUUGUGUGUGGGACACCCGUGGCAGACAAGAUUAAAGAAUCUUAUCCCCGAACGUCUACAUUCUGGGUGAAAAAUGGUCAGCCGUUCAAACUGGAUCCGUCCCGGAUGUCAUACGACAAUGGGGAUCUUCUUAUCCAAUCUGUAGUAGCUGCUGAUAUUGGUGUGUACCUGUGUCAGUUGGAAUGGCAACCCAAACUACGACAGACGGUAGCUGUGUACGUGCUGGUUGUCAAGUCCAGUUUUAAACUCCAUACACGGCAACACAGAAACCUCCAACUCUACUGCAACGGUGCUUCUCUAGGGCUUCUCUACGCAGGACUUCAGCAGAUUUGGUUUCAUAACGGGGAGAUUUACAAAGAUUACGGAACUACUCCCCCACAGACAAUAAACGUGGAAUAUUUCGAAGACAUCGGUCCUGAUUUCGCCGGACUGUGGGAGUGCACCAUAAACGACCCCAGCAGUAUGCGGCUGUGGGUCACAAAUAGGGUCAACGUCACGGUCGGAGGAGGUGUAUACUUUAUUGAAAGGCUGAUGUCUAAUCAAAUUUACCUCAUCGGAUGUGGAGCAGUAAUUGUAUCGGCUGUCAUUGGCAUUGCCGUGUGCUGUUUGUACCAAGAUAAAAAAGGAGACAAAAAUGCAGAAACUGAAGCGGAGGUUUACGAAGAGUUGAUGAAGGAAAAUCCUUCAAUCCUCAAUGAAGAAAUAGAAGAAGAAAAGUCAAGGCGAGACGAACCGAAACCUUCGUCUGCGGGCGAAAAUUACCUAACAGAAAGUUCUUCGUUUGUCAGUGACGAGGGUCUUCAGCUUAAAGAUGGCGGCACGGUUCAUGCGGACAUACGAUAGCCUUGCUCCAUAUAUGC